AUGACAUCCACUGCUGGACAAAGACCUCCCCAAGGAUUUUCCCAGCACUGCAAACAAAGACUAAAUAGUAAAAAGCAGCAAGUGCAGAAGUGGCUAAGGUACACGGAGCCAGGCGACGAGCUGGAGCCGACAGCCUCGUCUCCCAUGAAGCGGUCUUCCAGGAACCUGUCGGAUGACUUCGAAAAUGGAGACGACGACGACAGCCCGCUGCCCGAAGCGGUGCUUACCACGAAUCUGGGGCUGGAUAUUGUGGUGGUCGUCACAAAGACCGACUACAUGACCACCCUGGAGAAAGAGCACGACUACCGCGACGAGCACUUCGACUUUAUGCAGCAGUGGGUGCGGCGGUUCUGCCUGCAGUACGGCGCCGCUCUGUUCUACACCAGCGCUAAGGAGGACAAGAACUGCGACCUGCUGUACAAGUACCUCACGCAUCGGAUAUACGGCCUGCCCUUCCGGACGCCCGCGCUCAUUGUGGAGAAGGACGCUGUGUUGAUACCCGCUGGCUGGGAUAGUAUGAAGAAAAUUAGUAUAUUAUAUGAAAACAUGCAGUCAUGUAAACCGGACGACUACUACAGAGACGUUAUUGUACAGCCCGCUAUACGAAAAAGCGGCGCCAGUCGCGAAGCCGAAGUCCAAGCGGAGGACGAGCAGGCGUUCCUGCAGCGGCAGCUGGCGGCGCUGCAGGCCGGCUCGCCCGCGCCCGCGCGCGCCGACUCCCCGCUGCGAGCCACGCACCGCGCCGCCGCACAGUUGGACGGCACAAAAAUCGGCAUGGGCCCCGGCACGCCCGGCAACGAGGGCGUGUUGGCCAACUUCUUCAACUCGCUGCUGUACAAGAAGACGGGCUCGCCCGGCGGCCGGCCCGCCGACAGCUCGCCGGCCGCCGCCGCCGCCGCCGCGCGCUCCGACGCCGCCGCCGAGCUCGACCGGCUCACGCGCGCCAAGCCGCGCCAGCCGCCGCCGCUCGACCUCAACUCGUCGUCCGAGUGCUAGCCGCCGUAAAUAAGUCUUGCUCCAGCCCCUGGCACGCCCGCGAGGCUCUGGCUUGUACUUUACCGCCGCCGGCCGGUAAGCGUAUAUUUGUUUAGCCCGGACUAGCACGCGUCGCGGUGACGUCACUCCAAUACGCACGGGCGGACGUCAUUCCCGGACCUGUCACUUUGACAGCCGUCAAGGAAUGCGCACGCGUCACCGAGGACAGUCGGCAAUGUCGUGACGGUGUCCAUAGGACUAUUCGCUUCAGUAUCGCUGGUAAAUGCAAUGAGAUUACGGACUUAGCCGCGGGUACAAUACGGGUUUGUUCACAUUUUCUGUCAACUGUCACUUUGAUGCCAGCUUUUUAUACUUUUUGGUAAAUAUUGUGUUGGGGAAGUACGAUUUUGACCCUUAUAUAAAUCAAUAUUAUAUGAAAUAAUCCUAUCCAAUCAGGACACUAAAAUCAAAAUGAAAGUUGUGAGAAAAUGUAAACAAACUCAACACAACUGUCAAGAGUGGACACAAGCUUUGUAUUAGGACACGGAUGCAUUUGCGCGAUAAGAAAUGUGUAUGAAACCUCUUCAAAGACUCUUUCGCUUGGAAGCACAGAGGCGCUCUCGGACUAGUGCGGUGGUAAUCGGUACUAAUUCUGAUGCAACCGAUACAAUUGUAUGGCAGGAACUCUAUCUGUGUACAUUUCACGGGCAUUUGUCAAUACACAUCCAGUUUCUGUAGGUCUGAACUAAAACGUAGAUUUUCUUUACAUCAAAUAAUAAAAAAGUGUUAAUUAAAUGAAGUGCUCUCUUGAUAUGUUUAAACAAAAUGUACUUAAUUUACAAUGUACCUAAGCCCGUAAUGCAUUAUUGGAUAACAGAUGUUAACAGAUUGCUCAAAAUGUAUUAAUUAAAUAACUCGCAUCUGCUAUAUUUUUCCUAUGAAUAAAACAAUACUCAAACGCUUUAAGCAUCUCCUCAUAUUUUUAGCUAAUUGUGCCCCCUUUCCAUUGCUUUAAAAUUUACAGAAAGUACCUCAAAAUGAUUUAUUUCCUCAACAAAUUUGAACUUUAACUCAAUUGAGUAAAUUACUUAUUUUGUUAAUAACGUCUAACUUUUUCAUCAGCCUAUUAGAAGCUGGAUGGUAUUACGCCAAUGUUGCUAACACUGCAGUACUUUUACUAAACACGCGUCAGAUUAAUGUCUUUACGAUAAGUUACUGUUCGGGACAUUUAGCAGCUAAACAAACACAGUGUAUAUGAAACAUAUCUGUAAAACAUUCAUUCAAGCUUUGUCACUCGACGGCGUCAUGUACUCGAAUAUAGUUUGCGUCGAUCAUACGUUCAUAUUGUGAUAUAAAAGUAUAUAAGCUUGUUAUAUAGCCUUUUAAAAUAAUUUUCAAUCUGUUCAAAUGUCCCUGACUCCUGAAUAGGUCAAUGUCAAACAUUUCCAUUAAGCUAUGGUGAAACGAAACGAAUAUAAGUUGCGAUACUUUCCUAUUCAUAUAAUUACUUUAAUGUUGUUUACGAUAUUAAAUAAGUAUUUAUUUAGAUAGUUACGAGGCGGCGCGUUUUCGUCCCAGUAUACAUUGUUAUUCGAACUUUUUAAUUUGAUUGUGAACUCUAUGGAAGUGAUAGAGAGUGAUGAGUUCAGAUUGAAAAGUUUGAAAUGUUUGAAGGACAGACGGACGCGCGGAGAUUUAGUUAUUGCGAAAGGAUACAUAAUAUGUCACCUGAGAUUUAAGUGGUUCCGUAAAAUAAUGUGAUCUUCUGUGAAGACUGCGUGCAGUGAUCGAAACAUGUUUAUGCACAAUGAAGUCACUAUUUGUACAAACCGUCAAAACGUAUGGGUAUUAUAAUAUGUAUGUGUAAUGUUUAUUUGCUCAUAAUUAUAUGUAUAGCAAACUUAUGUGAAUAAAUUCAUCACCCGAUUCUAAUUGGAUUGUAAUGGUGACCUUUAUUGUGUUUUGUGGCGGUUGAAUUUAUUUAUUGAAAUAUAUUUAGCACUUUUUUAAAUAUUUUUAUGUCCCGAUUCAUAUUAUGAAAGAUGUAUUGAUAAAGAUGUUCGUACGUUUUACAGUGUAUUUUGUAAAGAUUGGAUUUUGUUCACAUGUGGUGCAAUACAGAACAUUCCAAACGUGGUUUGGUGCUUAUUAUUUUAGUAAAAUUAUUUAAUAAUACCCGAUGGAGUUUCAUUUUACAUAACUUGCCUGCUCGCUCUCUUCUAAAUUGAAUUUACGGUUAAAGCAUUAAAGGUCACUGUUAUUUCACUAGUCCAAUUAUUUACUGCAUUCUCCAUAUUUAAUUU